ACGGAACAUCCUGCCCUCAACGGAGAGGGGGAGGAGAGAGAGAGAGAGAGAGACAGAGUGUGUGCACAGAGAGAGAGAGAGGCUGAGUGUACACAGAGAGAGAGAGAGAGAGAGAGGAGGUCUGGCGUCUCCUCGGUAGUAAAUCUAUCAGGUCUGGAGCACAAAAACUCGUAGAAACAGAGAAGAGAAGAGGCCUCGCGGACAUCUUUUACUGGUACCUGAACCAGCAGAACCAGCAGCGUGUAAAGCUCUUGGAUCUUGGAUUAAAACCCGACUGGAUGAUCGCUCGGACCGGCUGUGCGCUCUGAAGUUGGACAGACUACCGGAGAGACACAGACUACCGGAGAGACACAGACACCGACCACCAGCUCCAGCACCAGCACCAGCAGCAGCAGCUUUUGUCCCAUCACCAUGAAGCUGCCCUGGCUGCUGCUGGCGCUCACCGCGCUGCACGCUCACACCGCCACGGUCACGGGACAGACUUGGUCGCCGUCUAUCGAUGACGAAGGCUCGACGAGAGACGAGUUCUACGACGAUGAGGACCUCUACUCGGGCUCCGGCUCUGGCUAUCCUGAGAUCAGUGUGAGGCCGACAUCGGCGGGCGUGUCCUUCACCACAGAAGAGCCCCUCCUCCUCUCCACCACCCAGGCCACCGGCCCCGCACCCUCCGCCUUGCCUGCAGCCGAGCCGAGCCCCAUCCCGGAGGAGGAACCCACCGCCACCCCGCUGCCCACCGAGGCCGAUGGAGAGAGCGGUGCAUUCUGGGAAAAAGAGAAAGAGCUGGAGAGGGAGAGAGAGAAGGAGUUAGAGGAGAGAGAGAAAGAGCAAGAGAGGCAGAGGGAACUGGAGGAGGAGGAGGAGAGGGAGAAGGAGAGGGAGCGGGUCCGAGAGAUGGAGAGAGAGAGGGAGAAGGAGAGAGAGCGCGAGCGAGAGAAGGAACGCGAGAGAGAGCGAGAGAAAGAGAGAGAGAGGCAGAGAGAGCGUGAGCUUGAAAGAGAGAGAGAGCUGGAGCGAAUCAGGGCUGCCGCCGCUCAGACCACCGCUGCCCCACGAUCCCCCGCAGCCUUCCCAGUGGUGACCACCAACCCGGCAACCAGCCCCGCAGAAAGUGCGGCGCCCUCUGCCAAUUCCGAUGACGUGAGCACCACAGAAGAAGAAGAGGACGUCUACCUGUCACCUGAACCAACGGCGUUUUUCCCAGGCUUCGACAUUGAGACCACCCCAGAGGAAGACGUGUCCACCACAGCAGAGACCACCCCUGAACCCACAACAGCUGUACUUAUUACCACCACCACCACCGCCACCACUGUCAAGACCAGGGUCACCAUCUGGCCCAGGGUUCCCAUUAUGACAACCACUCAGGCGGUGCCAACAGAGAGGACAAGCCGGCCACAGCCGCCCACAUCUACACAGGAGGGUAACAACGAGGCGGGCGCUGCAGGACCGAGUGGAGAUUUCGAGAUCCAUAACGAUCUGGGUCGAGGUGUAAUGCCGGUGGAUCCUGAUCUGAUCGGUAACACGGUGGACGGAGGAAGCUCUGCCGCCCAGCUGCCACAGAAGAACAUCCUGGAGAGAAAAGAGGUCUUGAUAGCGGUGAUAGUGGGGGGAGUGGUAGGCGCCUUGUUUGCAGCCUUCCUGGUGAUGCUGCUGGUGUACAGGAUGAAGAAGAAGGACGAGGGCAGCUACACGCUGGAGGAGCCCAAACAAGCCACCGUCACCUACCAGAAACCAGACAAGCAGGAGGAGUUUUACGCAUAACACUCGUAUGCCGGAGAGACGCACCGCACACCGAGGGAGAGAGAAAGAGCGAGAGAGAGAAGAGAGAAAGAUACUCUAAGCCCUCGUCCUCCUCCUUUUCUUCUUCGUCGCCUCCCUCCUCAUCUGCUCGCCUCUCCUCAUCCCUCUCUCCUCUCGUCUCCGAAACACUUGAGAGCGCCUCUCUCUCUGCGGACUUGGGAACUUUUCUUUUCAAUGAAAACGAAAAAGAGGACGAAAAAAAAAAAGAAAAAAAAAUACAAAUAUAUUCUGAAAAAAUAACACAUACACACGAGAUGUUUUUAAAGUAAAUGUUGUUAUUAAUAUUCUACAGAUUCUCUUGUUCUGUAUGUAAUGAUAUGAUUAUUUUGUAAGAAAAAAACAAAACAAAACACAAGCUCUUAACCUGUGUUGUCCAGCACAAAAAAAGAGUUCCUCCUCUGGUUUUUAUGGAGCAAAAGGCUGAAAAGAAAGAGGAGAGGGGCGAGGCGAGCCGAGCGAGACACAAAAGAAAACGAGAGCGAUGGUUUCGACUCGGCCCCUCACCCCCCGAAAACACACAGAGCGUCUGGUUGGCCGCACAGAGCCCAGGGUCAAAGGUGAGAGGAAAGGUCUCUUUUGUGCCUUCCAUCCCUCUGGUGCUCAAAGACACAUAGGCACAUCCAUACCGCCACAUAAACACACGCUUACACACAUGCACAUGCAUACACACACACACUUGUAUCUGCUUGAAGGUGGCUCUGAC